AUGGCUCGCGGACGCGGAGGCGGCUCUCACGGCCAACGUCGCCCAGUUGACCUGACCGGAAUCAUCUCGAUAGCAGAGAAGAAUGACCUGUUGACUCUCAUCAACGCCAUCACGGAGAGAAUGGCCAACGACAUUAGCAAUGUCUUUGACUCCCCUCCCGUUGUCCCUAUCCAAAGCGACCAUGGCCACCAUCACUGGCUUAUGAUUCCACUGCUGCAUCACAAACAGAACAGGUCUACAUCCCAUUCUCAUUCUCUCAUGGGACUGAAGCACCCUAAUCUAUCAAAGUCCUUUGACAAGCCACGAGAGAUAAUCGACAAAGAAGAAAAGGAAUCAAUGACGCCACAGCUGCGGGAAUUGAAAAAGGAGGCCAUGGUCUUCUUCCGCAAAUGGCAGGGUACCGUUCUGCAACGAAUUCGAGAUAUAGCUGUCAACGAACAGCAAGCUCCCCAGGGGAGCACUCGAGGCCGCGGACGUGGAAUGAGAGGAGCUCCUCGGGGACGUGGCGGAGGAGGCCGCGGAGGUGCAAUGACGCGCAGCCCUCUGACUUUGGCGACAGGCCCGCCGCGAGCACCAUCGAACUACGUGGAUCGUGAUUUGGCCGCUCGUUAUCCCCCUAUUCCGAAUACUCUCUGGUCUCUUGAUCUUGACAAGCGCAAGCUGUAUCUGCACAUUGUCUUCUUGGUCUUGCUGUCCAUGCAAGAGUAUACGGCAAAUUCACGACAGCUCCUGAUGAGCCUCACAACAUCGCUGAACCUCCCACCGAGAGUAUAUCGGGACGAAGAACUGCGUCUUGCUCAAGGUUUGGCCAAGGCGGCCCUUGAUUAUUCUCCGGAGGACGCGGUCAGCCAGAAAUCAGAAGAGUCAAAGAGCUCACGGCGCUGGAAGGUCGGUUUGGGAUGCGGCACGGGCAAACUUGCCGCUCCCCUUACCGGCGUGGGCAUUGGUACUGCGCAUGAGGGCCUGGGCCUCACUCCGUAUGCGGCUGCAGGCCUCUUGGGCACAAUGGCAGAAAAUGCAGUGCAGAUGGGCGCACUUUUUGGCAUCAAUGCUUCGAAGCCGACGGCCAAGAUGAUGGAGACGUUUUCCCGAGAGAUUCAAGACUUUGGUUUCAUCCCUAUUCACGGCUUAGACGGAUCUGAAUAUCGUGACGCCAGAGAGUUCCCGGCAGAGCAUCGCAGACUCAGUCUGACAAUCGCUCUCAGUGGUUUUCUUCUUGAGGACGAAGACGUCACCAAGAGUUGGCGCUGUCUGGGCCACCAUAGCGAAUCUUAUGUCACGCGGUGGGAAGUUGCAGCCCUUACGAAUCUUGGUAACUCUCUCGAGACUGCCAUCAAGAGCAGUGCUUGGAAAGACGGCAAGGCAGAGAUUGAAGCUCGAACAAUCUUUUCAUGCCUCAUCGAGUCUACCUGGCCGGUUGCCCUUCUCAAAAUAAGCAAGAUUAUAGAUAAUACUUGGAGUGUCGGAAUGGUCAGAGCGGAGAAGGCCGGUGCGGUCCUUGCUGACGCCAUCAUGCGACAAAAGUUUCAGGGCGACAGGCCAGUUUCCUUGAUUGGUUACAGCCUUGGAGCCCGAGCCAUAUACACCUGCCUCAUGGUGUUGGCAGAGCGACGACAGUUUGGAAUCAUCGACUCGGUCAUCAUGAUGGGCACUCCAGCUCCAUCGGAGAGUCGAGUGUGGCUGACGCUCAAAAGCGUUGUGUGCGGCCGCUUGAUCAACGUCUAUUCGGAGCAAGACUAUAUCCUGGGCUUUCUUUAUCGAACCUCGAAUACUCACUUUGGUGUCGCUGGUCUGCAGGAGAUCCAGGGGGCAGAUGGAGUAGAGAACUACAGAGUGCGGAGUCUUCCGCGAGGCCAUCUGAGCUAUCAAAGCCAAGUAGGCCUGGUGUUGAAGAAUGUCGGCUGGGAGGAUGUCAAUACGGAUUUUGUCAAGGUGGGAAAGUGAAGUG